AUGAACCCAAACGUCAACCUCAACGAGUCGGAAAGCUUCACCGAACACUUCAAUGAGAACGUCGAUUACACCCGAGACAAGGCUCAGGCUACCUCUGAAGACAUCGGCAUGGACAUAGGCCAGGAUCAAAACCAGAGAGGCGAGAACCUAGCCCAGACCCAAGCCGAUGCCCAGGCUCAGACUGGCAGUGGCAUGAACACCGGGGGCACUGGUGCUUUCGGCUCCGAUAACCAGAGAGCCACGGAAGCCCAGACCAGCAUUGACAGCACCAAUGCGGGCGUUGACCAUCGCCGAACGAGUUACUCGUUUACCGCGGAUACUCUGGCCCAUCCCGACUAUAGAUACAAGACUGGCCCUGAGGAAUAA